AUGUCUUACCAACAGCAGCAGUGCAAGCAGCCUUGCCAGCCUCCUCCUGUGUGCCCACCUCCAAAGUGUCCUGAGCCAUGUCCUCCUCCAAAGUGUCCAGAGCCUUGUCCUCCACCAAAGUGCCCUGAGCCUUGUCCUGUGCCAUGUCCCCCUCCCUCAUACCAGCAGAAAUGCCCUCCGGUGCAAACUCCUCCUCCCUGCCAGCAGAAGUGUCCACCCAAGAGCAAGUGA